AGUAGAUAGAGAGCGAGUGAAAGAAGCCGAAGCCAAGGCCAACGAAGCGCAGAGAGGCUUCCACUACUUCGUCAUGUCUCCGUUCCAAUCUCCAAAAUCCCCAAUUCAAUAAGCCAAUACCCUAAAAUCUCCAAAAACAAUGUCUUGGCUCUUCAAAUCUCUUCAAUUUCAAUCUGAGGAGUCGGAUUCCUCCGCACAGCCGGAGCAACAACAAGACGACGGAGAAGGUAGUCCCUCGAAUCGCGGGGGUAUGAAAGAGGACCUGUCGGUCAUCAGCGAGACGAUCGGUCGCCAGUUGCGGGGAGUGGCCGCCUUCCUUGCUCCUCCACCGUCGUUAUUGCCUUCCGAACAAGAGGGAGAACAACCGCAAGAAUCAUCGCGGCAGGCUCUGCUUGGGAUCCGUGACGAUCUCGCUGAGAUCGGCGGCAGCUUCAAGAGCGGGUUGUCGCUUCUCUCGAGCAACAAAGCGGUUACUGGGAUCUCUAAGUUUGCCUCUGAUUUAUUGCAGUUCCAGAUCCAAGAAGAAGAAGAAGAAGAUGGAGAUGAUGAUUAUGUUCCGGGGGUCACAGAUGAAGUUAUUGAGUUUGUGAAGGAGAUAUCUGUGCGGCCUGAGUGUUGGACCGAUUUUCCUUUACCACUGGAUGAUAAUGGUUUUAGAAUGUCUGAUGCUCAAAGGGAGCAUGUCUCUGCUGUUGAAAGUUUGGUUCCAAGUUUCACAGCUCUUAGAAUUAAUCUUCAACGUUUUAUGGGAGAGGAACAAUUUUGGAUUAUAUAUUUUAUACUGCUGCUUCCAAGACUGAAUGAACAUGAUUUCGAGCUACUGUCAUCCCCCGAGAUAGUUGAAACAAGAAACAUACUUCUCCAGAAUAUCAAGAACAAGAGGAAUGCAGAAGCUGUGAGCUCAGGCGACUCUAGAAAUCUUACGUCUCUAGAGGAUACCAAGGAGGGUGAGACUCAGCAACAUAUUGGCUCUGAGGAAAGGGAGCUUGUAGAAAUUGUCGAGGAGGGUGAGAGUCAGCAACGUAUCGACUCUGAGGAAAAGGAGCUUGUAGAAAUUGUGAGUGGGACUGAAAGGGUAGAAAUUGAUAAUCAAGGGAAGAGUGGGGAGAGGUUAGAAGAAGCAGCUACUUAUUCAGGCACUGGCAUCAACGUUGUGAAAAAGCUUGAGUAUGAUGAGGAUGUCUCGUUCAGUGAUUUGGAAGACGAUGAAAAUGACCUUCCCACCAGAUCAUCAGCUCUGAGGCCAGUACAGGGCACUAGCUCUUCACCAACAAGAUCAAGUGACUGGGUCCAGCUAAAUGAAAGGUCUGGAGCUUUGCGUGAAGUGCAGAAAGGGAGCUGUUCAACUUCUGAAGAUAAAGACUCGGAGGAUGCGGCAAAUGACUGGCUUACAGUGGAUGAUUUUGAUUAGCUUCAUGGCUGUUUGGUUGCUUACUAUUUUUGCUGUAGAGUUGCCGUUUGUUAUCUAUCUUAUUUUAAAUCAAUAAUUCCUUGGAUUCCGGCCGACAAAAAAUUUAUACUGCUAUAUUUAAUCUUUGUAUAUACUAAGUCAAUAUUAUUCCAAGUCGAAAAUUUUUCUGUA